UCCCGAAUCCCCCGUCCGUCCCUUCCGUUUCCCCCGGUUUUCUUGGAUUGUUUUUGGCCCUGGGUGCAGUUUUGGUUGGAUUGCCUCGAUUCCGCCAGUUUUCUCGCGUGAAAUGGGAGAUUCUGAAUGAUGUUCUUUUCCAUCCAUGGUUCUUGGUUUGCCUUAGCCACACGAAUUUCACCAAAAACACGCGGGUGCAGGGAUUUUUCUGAUCAGAGGUGAUCAAAGUCUGUUUGGUCCCUCGCGGCGGGGAUGGACGAGAAGGCGAAGAUGGAGAGCAAGCUAUCCUCGGCGGCGGCGUUCGUGGAAGGCGGCGUGCAGGACGCCUGCGACGACGCCUGCAGCAUCUGCCUCGACGCCUUCUGCGACAGCAACCCCUCCACGGUGACGAAUUGCAAGCAUGACUACCAUCUCCAGUGUAUUCUUGAAUGGUGCCAGAGAAGCUCCCAAUGUCCAAUGUGUUGGCAGCCUAUCAGCAUGAAAGAUCCUAUGAGUCAAGAGCUACUGGAGGCUGUUGAACAAGAGAGGAACAUGCGAGCUAAUCGUUCACAUAGUACUGCUCUUUUUCGGCAUCCGAUGCUGGGAGAUUUUGAGAUUCCUGUAGGUGCAGAUGAUGCAGAACUUGAAGAACGCAUUAUCCAGCAUCUGGCUGCUGCAGCUGCAGUGCGUAGGUCACACCGGCAUCAUAGAAGAGAUGGGCACCACAGCAGAUCGGGAGCAAAUAGUCACCCACAAGUUCUUGUGCUUUCAACAGAUGAGCACACAACCUCAGGUCAAGAAGGGGAUUAUGAACAAGCCCCUGCUGUAUUUUCUGGUCACCGUUUAGGUACUCUUGUUCAACAGGAACGCACAACUCGUGGUUUAGAGGGUGCUAUCAAUCCACCUCUCUAUUGUUCUACUCCUGCUGAUAGUAACGAGAGGAUUGCUGGGAUGCAAUCUACACCUGUUGAUCAAGAUAGAGCAGGACCAUCCGAUUUACCAUCUACUGUACAAGGAUUCUAUAACCAAAGUGCAAGUGGGUGGAGGGAAAGGUGGUUUUCGCGGAGCAACACCAUAUCGGAUAUCAGUUCUGAAGUAAGGAGGGAGGUCAACGCAGGGAUUGCUGCAGUCUCUCGCAUGAUGGAACGGAUGGAUACAAGGGACGGAACAGGGCCUUCUGCUACCUCUGCAUCAGGAUCUGGUUCUCAUUGAGGGAAUGUCCUUGGAAUAACUGACACAACUCAAAAGACAGGUCCAAAGGAAAACAGCAUCUGUUCAGAGCUCCUGGGAUCCAGCGAUGCUUCAUGAUCUCUGUUUGGUCCUUGCUUCAGAAGUUCGCUGAAGCUCUUGCGUCCAGGUCACGGGAAGGAACAACACAUGUGCUUCCACUCGAGUCUUCUAUACGUUUUCCCCUGCGUUAACAUCUGCAAGGAAUGUAACUAAUGAGAUGUCUGUAACUGUAACAAUAUGAGUGUUGGUGGCGCGGUUCCUGUUCAUAUCCAUACAAAUAUACCGUGCCAAGGGAUCGUUUCUCUUUCUCAUGGUAAA